AUGAAUACUGCUUUCGGAAAAGCUUUCGUCUACCUCUUUGCUCUAAUCUUGAUACUUGCCGUUGUUGGAGUGGAAAAUCAAACAACAACUUCCACAAAAAUGACAACCGUCACUCCAACUUUGACGACGACAAAAACAUACUCUCCAACGACUACAGUAAUCGUCACUUCCACUGCAACUUUACCAACUCUGACCCCGACUACCACAACACUUGGAGUAACUUCAACCCCUACUCCCACUGCCGGUGCCUCCGUCUUGAAAUCCUAUGGUUUUAAGGCACUUGCUGGUGUAUCCUGUGUGGCCGCAAUCUUUAUGUUUCUCGUUUAA